CCAUUCGCAACCAUGCACUCUCACCCCUCUCGAGUCUGGUCUUUUGAAUCACCUCAUCAUUAUUUUCGCUGGAGAAGAGGCGCCUGCAUGUGAUGGGCACUGCUUGUUGACUUGCCUGCAACGUUACGUAGCUGGUCAACUACAGUUAGGUGAUGAAAGUUGGCAACCCAACAUCCGACUUGCUUUGACGUGGAAUCGUAAGCUGGACGCUCGCCUCGUGUGAUAUAUAAAGCUGGAGCUGAGGCCAUUGUUGAAAGUUUUGGGGUGCAGAGUGCUGUCUGAAGGUGCGAGACGCAAGUGUGUACGCCACUCUAGAGCUGGAGUAGGGUGGGGGAGAGUGCACGAGUGACCGGGGUGCGUGAUAUGAGCGAGUAUAGCACCGUUGGUCCUCGAAACACAAUGUCGUCGGAUAGAGCUGGUUUCUGAUUCGGAAGAGGUCAGAGCUCGCAUUCGGAGUGGGACGAAGAGAAAACUAAACUAGACUGGAACCUUCGGCCCGUGUUUCUCGUCCAUGCCCAGGAAGUGCUUGUGCGACGAGAGCUAAUCUAUUGGUCUUCAUCGAAGUUUGUGGGGGAACUUGGAAGCAGCAGUGUCUGCACUAUUAGCGAAGCUGGCACACUCUUACGAGUUGUGUGCUCAUAUUCAUGUGCGGGGACUAGUGGCAUGUUCGUUUGUGUUGAUUCUCAUUGACAAGGUCGAGACUACAGUAACGCAAUGUGCUUGCACUUCGCGGAAGAGGAGACGAAAAGGAUGCAAUCUUACGAGUUUCAUCGCACUGCUUCAGUGCAGCAGAGCCCUCAUCAGCACCACAUGGCCAGCUCGUACAGUCCUACCCUUGCAAGCUACUCUCUGGCCGGGGUAACAACUUCGUCAACAUCUGCCGACACCGCAUAUAUCACAGACGGCGAAGGGACUUCUAAUUCCGGUUCUGAUGUUACGCCUGUAGCUUGCAAGGUGAGCACAAUCCCGUUCCAGGCGCUAGGCGUCAUGCCGUCGGAGGAGGGACAUAUGUGGUGGAUGCGUUCGGAGUACAACCAGGAGGUUAAGCAAUCCAGUGAUGAGGACAUGGAGCAAGGCAGCAUGGACGAGAUGAAAGAGUCUACCAGCGAGGACGUGGAACACAAGUCGGUUGGACGAGACACCAUGGACGGUGCUGUGCAAUCCAAGCUGUGUCCCCGGGGUCAUUGGCGCCCUGCGGAAGACGAGAAGUUAAGGGAGCUUGUGUCUCAAUACGGGCCGCAAAACUGGAACCUCAUUGCGGAGAAACUCCAUGGCCGAUCAGGAAAGAGCUGCAGGCUGCGGUGGUUCAAUCAGCUAGAUCCACGGAUCAAUCGUCGACCUUUUACUGAAGAUGAAGAGGAGCGUCUUCUUGCUGCUCACCGGUUCCACGGCAACAAAUGGGCCAUGAUCGCUCGCCUGUUUCCUGGGCGCACAGACAACGCCGUCAAGAACCAUUGGCAUGUGGUUAUGGCUCGCAAGUUCCGGGAGCGGUCUCGUUCCUCCGGCCGUCGCAAAGCUCAAGCACCUCGCCGAGGCAGACGACCCAGCUCAUCGUCAGUCCCACUAGGCCACCACGCCAGGUCGUUGAAGGCGUGGAUAGAGAAGCAAGCACCAACGAUUCCCAGUGGGGAAGUCUCCGACACUUCUCUACCCACAGAUCAUAGCCAGCUCUUUAACCCUUCCCCUGGCAACCGCAGCGUCAACAAUUCCAAUGUGUCCAUGUCGCCUCCCUCAUUUCAUCCGGGCUUCCUAUUCCCACAGCAUGAGACGUUCCGUAACCUGGGUGCUGCACGUUUCAGCGAGCACAGCAUGGAAGGCGCUGUACCGUCGAGCUCAGCAACAACAACUCCUCUGGCACCGUCCCUAUCUUCAAGACGUUUGUCCCAGCCUGCUGCACACCUCGGCCUGCAAAUGCUGCAUGAGCAGAAGCCACCACUGCAGGACGACACUUCGCCGCCGAGCACGGAUUCUUUGGUGGGAGUCAUGAUGCGACACGGAGGGCUUUGCGCGGCACCCGCAGCAUCCCAAUGGGUUCCGUCCCUUGUCAAUCCAUUUGCCACUGUCCGUGACAACCAAAGAGACGAGGCUGCCCGGAACUUCCUGGCUUCGAGCUGCAGGGCUGAGAUUCAAAGGCAGUUUGAGGGUCAGCAUGGACAUGGCGACCCGAGGUUUGGAGGCCACUCAGAAGUAAGUUAUUCGAUUCGGCAGAGUGCCGAGCAGCCGGAGCUGCAGAGAGACUUGGGCUCUUUGCUCGCGUGGGGAAGGACAACCCAGGGCCAAGAGCUUGCACUCUCGCACCCUGAGCCUGCUCCCUCUGUCCCCUUCAUUGAUUUUCUCGGAGUCGGUGUGGUUUAAGGAAAUCCUCUGAAAUCAGCGCGAAACCUAUUUGUGAGCCGAAGGAACGAGAGCAGGAGUGCUUCUUCAGUUCUGUGGGAUUGCGUCGAACCCUAUUUCUGCCUGUACUUUUAAAUUUAGGCGGAGAGGUUCAUUCCAGAAAGCUUACAGCUACUACUGAAACGAGGUUGAGAGGAGAUUGGUGCUCCUGAUUGCAAGGUGUGCUACAUGACAGCCAUGCAAUGCCUCGCCAUGGUUGGUUCAGGCUGUGGGUGGCGAUAGCUCCACCCCUUUGCUGCGACGAUUCUCCUCAUCCAUGGAAAACGGUGCGCGUCGUUUCUGAGCGUGCAACUUUGGGUAUCAGUUCAAGGUUCUUCGGUGGAGUAGCGCCGCAGCACAGCUCAACUCACGGCUUUUCGGCUUCCUGUUUUUCUUUAACCCGGAGUACCUUUUUUUACAUUAUUAUUAUAAUUAUUUUCAUUUUUCCAGUUUUCUUCAAUUUUCCGGCAGCUUUCGACUUCUGAAGAUUCUUCCAGCCUCCGAUUUUGAUCUUGGGGAGAUACAUUACCCGUGUCUAUAGCGACUAUCUCUGCGAACUCCGGCAUUUUAUCAGCCAAUUCAAGACCCAGAUACAUUUGUAAAAAGAUGAUGAUCAUGAUCAUGACUGCCUACAUCAGUACAGAUUCCGGCAAUCGAUGGCAACACGUCCAGUAGCGUUUGUAAACAUAUUUUGUACUACUCUGUAAAUUGCUAGACUGUAGAGAUGAAAGCAGCCCUGCAUAGGCUCAACAAUUACUGCUCGGCAUAUCCCCAGAAUUAUAGAGCAUGUAGACAGACAGACAGGCAGACUGAUUAUGGCUUUGUAGCCUAGUUUAGCGAGGAGCACAUGCACCAGUGCCCUGAAGCGGGACCAGAUGUUGGAGAAGAAGCGAAGCUUCGCUGGGGAGCUCAUUCUGAGCGUGCACUUCCAAGAGUCACCGAUUUUAUGGAACUCAUGGGCUGAGAAAAUGGUUCAGCCUUGUCCUUUGAGAGAGUAAUACAAUAAAAUACAACACAUGUGUUUCUUGUA